GGAGAGAGUCAUAAAAACCUCAACAGUAUCUACAUGUCCUUGACCUCACCCGAAAUGUUCCUUUGAGUCGGCCGGUAAUUCAAGAUUAUCCGGCCCGAUUAGAUUCCGGCACAAAUUUGAAGUUGUUGAUACUUUAAAUUUGGUUCUCGCUUGCGGCUCUUCUCCCUCUCCCUCUCUCUAUCUUUCUCUCUCCAAACCCCCAACCUUUUUACAAUCCACCAUCGGUUCUUUUUUCCACCUCAUCACUUGAGCAAAUAGAGUCCCUCUGUCUCUGCUCUGCUAUUUCGAAUUAUCUCAAGCCUUCUAUCAGAUAAUUCUCCUUCCCUUCGCCCAAUAACCACACGACAACCACAAGUCGCAUGAACGGUCAAUCUACAGCAAGCAUGACUUCAAUUGAUGGAGAUGCCAGUGUGACCGAGGCGCUUGGCCAUGACCAGAACCCCAAAAGUAUCGAGAAGCAAAAAUCUUCCAGUCGUAGUUCUGUCGCUACACCUGCCAAGUCUAGCAUUUUCUCUAAUGCCAAAGCUAUACCAAAACCCAAAGAUCGUCUCUUGGCCUCGAUCGAGGUAGAUGACAGCUAUGAUCCAGUCACACCAUCCAAGUCACCAGCUAAAGCUGUCCGUGGCAAUGGAAGAAAGAAAGUCAGAUCUCUCUCGCCAAGAAAAGUUGCUAGUACUAAGUGCACGCGUAAGAAGAGCUCUAGAAUCACUGACUCCUCAAGAAAGAGAGAGACUACAAAACACCUUGAAAACUUGAGCAGCACACUACUGCGCGAGGGUCUUGAAGACGAUGACGAUGACUGGGAGGCUGAAGACGAUGGGGUCAAGUCUGACGACAACACUUGGGGUCAAGUUGACAAGGUGAUUGGCUCUGCUGGAAAGCCAACUCAUCCAAAUGGUCGAGUCGAAGGACGCCAGCUUGUACCUUGGCACAGUAAGCUUUCAUUCCUCAUAUUUACUUCAAUAACAAGAACUAAUCAAACUAUAGGACCAAGAAUGAUGGAAAAAUUUAUUCUAAACAUGGUGUAUGAAUUUCGCCGUUCUGAAACAACCAUUCCAUGGGACAAGAUCGCUCACAGACAACGCCCUGGAAGUUCUGGUGCGGCUGCAAUGCAGCAUGUCAAUAAGUUGCGUGAGAUUCUUAUCACUGAAGGUCACCUUGUUCCCCCUCCUUUCGGAAAAAAGAAUGCCUUUGAUCCAAAUAUUCGUGGAUACAUUCGCGAUAUGAAUUCUGAAGACCCAAAAGCAACUCGUCCAGUCACUUGGGAUGAAGAGAUUGAGGACUUAAAGGAGAGUCUAGUUAUUCCUGGUGUUACCAGAGGGUCAGGAACUUAUCGUCGCAAUAGGGCCCAAUGGCAAAACAACAAGGCGACCAUCGUCGAGGAAACUCCGACAAAAACCCUCUCCACCCAAGCUCGUCCCGAUAAGCGAGCAUCAAAGGCAAAGACAGACCAAAAAGAGAAGUCUUUCAUGAUCAAGAAGGAGCGAUCCGAGUCAAUUGAUCCUGCCGAGAUGCCAUCAGACGAGGAUUACGAUCCCGGAAAUCGUCUUAAGAUCAAGGGUCAUCGUAAGCGUAAGGUUAAGGUCAAGACCGAGCGUAAAUAUGAUCUGGAUGAGACCAGCGAUUUCGAGAAUGAAUCAUUUGGAUACUCUGACGAUGAUGAAUUCCUUGCAGAGACACCAAGCAAGAAGGUCGCCGGAAAUUAUGCUAUGGCACCUUUAGCCGGUUUGCCACUCAAGCUCAAAAUCUCACCUGAAAAACUAAAGAAGUUUGCUGCAGGCCUUUCUAUCAAGUCAGCUGAAGAGGAAGUUGCAGUCAAUGAGAUGGAGUAUAAUGUCGAUUAUGGCAAUGGUGAUGAUGACUCAGAGACAAUUGUCGGUGCUCAUGCUCGCGAUGUUGAUGAUGUUUUUGGCCAAGGAGGCUCACAUCUCAACAAUGGUAAUUUUGGGCUUCAAAACCAGCUUUGUUUCAAUCCUUAUGGCUACAAUGGAGGCAUUAUCCCUGGUUCCGGCACUUACAACCCACAAGGUGCAUUAAAUGCUCAAGCAUAUAAUCCAGUUUACGGCCAAACCUCUUAUAGUAAUCAUAACUUUAUGAAUGCUGAGACGAGUCUGUAUGAAAGCACCCUUGGUAACUACCAUUAUUUCAAUAACGCAAAUUCCAACAGUCUACCGUUUGGCUUUCAAAACUCCAGCUUAGCACCUGUUAUGAAUCAUGGCUUGAACUUCGACGGCUCGGGUGAGACGAUGCAAGAUUUGAAUGGUGGCAUUAACAGCAUGAGUUCCUUGCCGCUUAGUUUUGAAGACAACGCCGGCGCAUUCAAUAGCUUUGCUGACUCUGUCGGUACUGACUAUGAUGGAGCACCAGUUACGUUCAUCGAUCCCAUCAAAAUUUCUGGACAGUAUUUUGAAUCUCCCGACAAUAGUCUUUUUCAAGAUUAUGAUUCCAACCAACCCUCCAACUUCGAUGACAACAACCUUUGAGUCUUUUUUUUUUUUUGCCUUCGAAGAUGAACAACCUUGGCACAACUGGUAUUGGCGUUACUUUCAUACCAGUUCUCAUCCAUCCAAAUGGUCUAGUAACUUUCAAAGCAAUAUCGAUUUUGCAAUCAUUUCAUUUCUCAUUUUCUUUCUUUGUAUUAACGAUUGGUUUUGGACCAGUUGGAUUCAUGCUUGUUUUACCACAAAUCUAAAGUCUCUUCGCUGUCUUUUUGGCGUUUGGAUGCACUAGAGUUGUCAUGGAACGCUGGCUAUCAAAACUCCUUUCGUAAUACUUCAUCAUCGUUCUGUGGCAAACCUGGUUAUCAUAUUUAGGAAGUCUUUGGGCUUGGCGGAGGGCGUAAACGGUUUCAUAGACAUAAACAUAUGGUCCUUAAUUUGCUUUGCUUGUCAAAACUGCUGUAUCCGCGCGAGCAGUCUUUCCUGUUUGCUUCCUCAAUCCACUACGAUAUGCUCUUGUUUCCGGAAAUUUUCUUGGUCAACAGGAGUUUUCGUAAGUUAUUUGCCGGUCGCAUCGAAUGGAAAUCUUCAUCGUCAUUCGUUCAGCAGUAGAGAAAGCGGAGGACACAAGACCUUGUAUCAUAGAUAGAUGCUUUAAAUAACAAUCUUUCAUGACAUUUUUUGCCUUGUGAAAAUGCGUGUGAGUUUUUAUGCUAACAUUAUUGAAUCGGGUCAGGCAGUAGUGUGCCUCCCACAGCGUGAUACGACUUUGUAUUUGACUUAACACCCUGCGACUCAGCAUGUCUCCCCCUUGGAAGAGUUCAACUGCGCUUUGCAGAACAAUGCCAAGGGUAGGAAAGGCACUAUUCUGCGACACUUCAAUACGUCGAUUUUGGUCA